CGAGAGGCUAGCGGGGGGGACGGCGUCGACGACGGCAGGAUAGGAAGCUGGAGAUGUGAGGCAGCAACAGCAUUAGCGCGCUCUGGGCUUGAGACGUAGGCCUGGGCCAAGCGGCGCCCUCAGCCCCUCACACGACCCCCAGGAACACUCGGAAAACCGGCCCUCGAGGCGGGGAGGGGGGAAGGCGGGCACGUGACCCCGGACAGCCAAUCCGGACGCUGCUGACGUGGCGGCGCGGCCGCGAGCCUCUCCCCACCCCCCAGCCCGCUCUGGAAGGGAGGGGUUGGGGGCUACGCCCCUCCCCCAACACUUGCUUCGGUUUCCGGGGGGGUUGACACCCCGGAUUACGUUCUCCCCCCGCACCCAGCCGAGGGCAACUCGAGAGCCCCCCCGGAAAUUUCCAGGAUCCAGGUUCCCCGCGGAGAACAGCCCGCGGCGUCCUGCGGCCACACCCUGGGCGACUAGCGCGGCCGGCUACGCCCACGCUGCCCCGCCCGGCUCCCUGCCUGCAGGUCCGGGAGCGAAGGCGACUUGCUGAACUUGGCGGUCGCCCCUUGCCCGAUGCUUCGAGCCUGGGACGACUUGGUUGCAAAGGGAGGCGGGGAGAAGGUACUGGAGGCUCUGGGAACAUGGCGUUUGCACCGCUUCCACCCUCCUCUCCCUGGAGUCGCAGAACCACUAUGCAGCCAAUUGGCUCGGAGAGAUGGCGGGCGGCCGCCUCCCGGUGGGUCUAUGCGGCAUUCUUCUGCCUGGUGACCGACGCCUGGAAAGCGAGACCCAUGACGUCAUCGGCUCGGGUGGCCAAUGGAAGAAGCUCCCGCGGAGAGGCGUUCCUCCCCUUGCGUUUCGGCCUCCUCAGGCGCGUGAGCGGGCGAGCGCGCGCGGAGGGGGUGGGGGAGCGCUCCAGCCGGGUGGCGCGCAUGAGCGGCGAAGCUCCUCCCCCCUGCCUAUAUAUAAAGGGCUGGCGCCGGGGCUCGGCGGCGCCAUUUCGCGCUGGAGCGGAGCAGCCUCUAGAACGACCUGGAGGAUUCUGCCAACCGGUACAGAGCCUUCGCGACGUCGGGGGCCGCCAUUACAAUCCACGUCCAUCCGUUUGGAAAUGGCCUUCGUCUCGGCCUAUGACCGGUCCCGGCGGACAGUACAGACCCUAUAGAAGCCCCUGAAGCUCCCCUUUUUCGGGCCCCGCCCAAUUCUCGGAGUCUGUCCACCCCCUCUACUCCGCCCUCAAGAGGAUUUCAAAGAUGGAGGCGGCGGCUCCAUAAACCACUUUUCGUGUUCAUCCGCCUCCAUCCGAGGUCGCAUCAGGACCGUGUCCGCACCCGACGGUCCGGACCGGAAGAGAGAGUCCUUGCAGACCGACGGCGGGCUGUAUUGACGGCGGUGUCUGGGAUCGGCGUCCGUCUCUGGGUUUGGAGAGCUGGUCCCUUCCAUAUCGCGUCUCUGCCGAGGCCGCCGCCAUUUUCUUGCUGUCCGCCGCCUGCAGAGCGCGCCAAGCUGCCGGGAGUCGUCAAGAGAGACCGCCGAGGAGACGCUGUACCAGCCCGGCGGGGAGCUUGUCUGGAGGGCCGAGAGGAGCGGCCUCCCCCCACUUCCCGGGUUAUGCUGGGCCGGGCGGUGAGGGGACCCGAGGCCAACCGGACUUGCCGCGGCUAAGGGAGGCGCCGGUUCCCCGUGGUCAAGAUGCUGCAAAACGUGACUCCCCACAAACUCCCUGGGGAAGGGAAUGCAGGGUUAUUGGGACUGGGCCCAGAGGCAGCAGCGCCAGGGAAAAGGAUCCGAAAGCCUUCACUCUUGUAUGAGGGAUUUGAGAGCCCCACAAUGGCUUCAGUGCCAGCUUUGCAACUGACCCCUGCCAACCCACCACCCCCUGAGGUGUCCAAUCCGAAAAAACCAGGACGGGUCACCAACCAGCUCCAGUACCUGCACAAGGUGGUGAUGAAAGCUUUGUGGAAACACCAGUUUGCAUGGCCCUUCCGACAGCCGGUGGACGCUGUCAAACUGGGUUUGCCGGAUUAUCACAAAAUUAUAAAACAACCAAUGGACAUGGGCACUAUUAAGAGGAGACUAGAAAACACCUAUUACUGGGCUGCCUCAGAAUGUAUGCAGGAUUUUAAUACCAUGUUUACCAACUGUUACAUUUACAACAAGCCCACUGAUGAUAUUGUCCUGAUGGCACAAACACUGGAAAAGAUCUUCUUACAGAAAGUGGCGUCAAUGCCACAAGAAGAACAAGAGCUUGUGGUAACCAUCCCUAAGAACAGCCAUAAGAAGGGGGCCAAGUUGGCAGCACUCCAGGGCAGCAUUACAAGUGCCCACCAGGUACCUGCUGUUUCGUCUGUGUCACACACUGCCCUGUAUACACCACCGCCUGAAAUACCCACCACUGUCCUCAACAUUCCCCAUCCGUCGGUCAUCUCGUCUCCUCUCCUCAAGUCCCUGCAUUCUGCUGGACCACCACUCCUUGCUGUCUCUGCAGCUCCUCCAGCUCAGCCCCUGGCCAAGAAAAAAGGGGUUAAACGGAAAGCAGAUACCACCACCCCUACGCCUACAGCCAUCCUGGCUCCUGGUUCUCCAGCCAGCCCUCCUGGUAGUCUAGAGCCCAAGGCAGCACGUCUUCCCCCUAUGCGUAGAGAGAGUGGCCGCCCCAUCAAGCCCCCACGCAAAGACUUGCCUGACUCUCAGCAACAGCACCAGAGCUCCAAGAAAGGAAAGUUAUCAGAACAGUUAAAACAUUGCAAUGGCAUUUUGAAGGAGUUACUCUCUAAGAAGCACGCUGCCUAUGCCUGGCCUUUCUAUAAACCAGUGGACGCUUCUGCUCUGGGCCUGCAUGACUACCAUGACAUCAUUAAGCACCCCAUGGACCUCAGCACUGUCAAGCGGAAGAUGGAAAAUCGUGAUUACCGGGAUGCACAGGAGUUUGCUGCUGACGUGCGGCUUAUGUUCUCCAACUGCUAUAAGUACAACCCUCCAGACCACGAUGUCGUGGCCAUGGCACGAAAGCUACAGGAUGUAUUUGAGUUCCGCUAUGCCAAGAUGCCAGAUGAACCUCUGGAGCCGGGGCCUUUGCCAGUGUCUACUGCCUUGCCUGCUGGGCUGGCCAAGUCCUCCUCAGAGUCCUCCAGUGAAGAAAGUAGCAGCGAGAGCUCCUCUGAGGAAGAGGAGGAGGAGGAUGAGGAGGACGAAGAAGAAGAAGAGAGUGAAAGCUCUGACUCAGAAGAAGAAAGGGCUCACCGCUUGGCAGAACUACAGGAGCAGCUUCGGGCAGUACAUGAACAACUGGCUGCCCUGUCCCAGGGCCCAAUAUCUAAGCCCAAACGGAAGAGAGAGAAAAAAGAAAAGAAGAAGAAACGGAAGGCAGAAAAGCAUCGUGGCCGAGCUGGAGUUGAUGAUGAGGACAAGGGGUCUCGGGCUGCCCGCCUGCCGCAGCCCAAGAAGAGCAAGAAAGCGAGUGGCAGCGGAGGCAGUGGUGCUGCUCCACUGGGCCCCUCCAGCUUUGGACCCUCGGGAGGAAGUGGCAGCAAGCUACCCAAAAAGGCCACAAAGACAGCCCCUCCUGCUCUGCCUACUGGCUAUGACUCAGAAGAGGAGGAAGAAAGCAGGCCCAUGAGCUACGACGAGAAGCGGCAGCUGAGCCUGGACAUCAACAAGUUACCUGGGGAGAAGCUGGGUCGAGUUGUACAUAUAAUCCAAGCCAGAGAGCCCUCUUUACGAGACUCAAACCCCGAAGAAAUUGAGAUUGAUUUUGAAACGCUCAAACCAUCCACCCUUCGAGAGCUUGAACGUUACGUCCUUUCCUGCCUGCGAAAGAAACCUCGGAAACCUUACACCAUUAAGAAGCCUGUGGGCAAGACAAAGGAAGAACUAGCUCUGGAAAAGAAGCGGGAGCUAGAAAAGCGGUUACAAGAUGUCAGCGGGCAGCUCAAUUCCACCAAGAAGCCCCCCAAGAAAGCAAGUGAAAAAACAGAGUCGUCCUCUGCACAGCAAGUAGCCGUGUCACGCCUCAGCGCUUCCAGUUCCAGCUCCGAUUCCAGCUCCUCCUCCUCCUCCUCCACUUCGUCAGACACGAGUGAUUCAGACUCAGGCUAAGGGGCUAAACCAUGGGGCAGGAAGGCUCCGCAGGACCGGACCCCCAUCCCACCCUGCCCCUCUGCUGUGAUGCUUCAUCUCACCCCACCUCCCCCCUCUGUAGGAGAGCCGGCUCUGCAGGGGGGAGGAAUACAGGGACCUUUGCUGAAGGAGGGACGUGGAAGAAUGAUGUGGAAUUCCCAGCCAGCCCUGUUGGGAGUGAGCUGUUGGACAUGGCACCCACCUGCGCGGUGGGGCGGGACAGGACAGGGUGGGCACAGCAGAGGCCCUGGCAGGAAUCACCCGAGGCCAUAGCUGCUCUGUGCACUUCUGAGAGGCCCUGUUUUGAGGUUGUUUGUUCUAAUUUAUUAAGCUAGGUGAGGCUUUUGGGUAGGGCCAAGGUUCCCUCAGCCUCCAUGGGGAGGGAAAAAGGUGGUUUUUUGUUUGUUUUUUUUUUACGUUGACUUUUUUUUUUUUUCUACUUGUUUUUCCCCUUUUUCCCUCCGUUCCAUUUGGGGCCCUGGGGUUUCAUUCAUCUCCCCAUUUGGUCCCCUGGACAGUCUUUGUCUCUUGAUUCUAACUUGUAAAUAAAGAAAAUAUUAUUC